AAAUUAAUGACACGAGCAGUUACAGUCUUAGUCUUAAGUCUUAGGCAGAGAGCGAGGUUAGGGUUUCCCAAGCCCCCGCUUCCUUCGGUCGGCCGCACCCUCUCCUCAAACCCCUGGCCUCUGGGGAUUACAAAAGAAAUCCAACCCCGAGUAGCAGUAGCAGUAGUGGUUCCCACCCCCUUCCCUCCUCGUCUCGAUCCGCCCCUUUUUCCUGUUCGAAUCCAUUGGAGCCCACGAGGUCUCCCAUAACCUCCAUGCCCUCCACUCACGCGGAAGAUUCUACCGCGCCCACCACCUCACUCUCGCUCGCCGCUGCGUCUUCUUCUUCUCGCAGGCUUUUCGCUUCUUCUUCGUCCGUCCGUGCAGACAGGUGUUCUAGAACGGCCGUUCCGGAGCCGGCCACUGAACAAAGGCUGAGGAGAGAAGGUUCGCGGUCGGAGGCCGCCAUGUCUCGCCUUGCGCGGCGGAAUCCUCCGACUCCGACGGAGCCGACGGCGAGGAAGGUGAGGAGGACCCCGUCCAGCCUGCUGCUGCGCAUCUCCGACAUCUGCAAGGUGCAUUCUGUCGGCGUCGCGCCGACCGUCGGUGAAAAGCUCAAGAACAACAGCACCGCCACCGCCACUGCCGAGAGCAGCGAAGACGGCGCGCACCUCAAAGUCCAUCCCCACCAGGCGUCGUCCUCCGACAACAACGACGAGUGCCUCUCCCAGAGCUCCUCCGCCUACUGCGAGGAGGAGGUCGUCGAGAAGCUCCUCGACGCGAUCUCUUGCCUGAAGGUGGCCUAUGUCAACCUUCAGAAGGCCCAUGUGCCGUAUGAUCCUGAAGAGAUCGUGAUCGCCGGCGAGCGUUUUGCGUCGGAGCUUGAAGAGACUGCCAACUUGCAGGAUUUGUAUCUGAAUAUGAACGAAUGGAGCGACCCGAGGUAUCUGUCUCAUAUAAGCUCUAGAAUUCAGGAGUAUCAGGACUUAGUGAUGGACCUGCAGGCUGACAUCUGCAAGAAAGACUCUGAAAUCGGUUGGCUUCGACCAGAGUUGGACGAGCUGGAAAGGAAGAACAUGGAACUGGAGGAGAAGAUUGUCCGUAACGGAUCGUCCAGAGAAGGAUGCUUCACAGUCAGGAAGGGGGUGUCAACUGAAGCGUUCAUGGAUCUACAUGAGCGUUCGUCAAAGUGCAUCCAUGAUUUUGCAAAAUUCAUCUUUGAUUGGACAAAAGUUUCCGGAUGGAACCUCGGCCUAUCCACAUUUGCAAUCGACAGUCAAGUUGCAUGUGAGAGAAGGGCUGACAAGAAGUAUGCUGUUGAGGCCUAUUUUGCUUGUGUGAUGCUUAUGGCAGACAGAGAUGACCAUACAUCCCUGGAUUCAGUUGACUGUAUCAUGAGCUUCAAAGAUCCAUUUGACGCUCUCAUGACUGAUCCAGAUUCCAGUUUCGGGAGAUAUUGCAGAGCAAAGUAUCUAGUGGCUGUGCCCCAGAGCAUGGAGGAUUCCUUCUUCGGGAACUUGGAUCACAGAGCAUUUGUAGAGAGCGGCGGUCAUCCAAGGACGCCAUUUUACCAGAAAUUUGUGAGGAUGGCAAGAUAUACAUGGGCACUACUCGCAGUUGCUCGUUCUCUGAAUCCCAGAGCUGAAAUGUUUUAUGUCAAGAGUGGUGUUCAGUUUCGGAAGGAACACAUGGAAAGUACUCCAGCCAAGAUUAUCAGAGAAGAGAAGUUCAAUGUUGGGUUUACAGUCAUGCCGGGGUUUAAGAUCGGGUGCACCGUCAUCAAAUGCAGGGUUUACUUGAGUAAGCUUAAUGCCAUGGACUUCUGAACACAUCAUAUGACAACCAUUAGGUAAGCAAGCAAUUAGCUUAUAGUAAGUCUGUCGGACAAAGUUUCUGUUAAGCUUCUCCUGUAUUCAGCCUAGGAGUUGAGGAGCACUACCUAGUAGAUAAUACCUCAUAAUGUUAACUUGUAGUAGAAUAUUGUGCUAGUAUUAUGUAUA